AUGUCAAGCAGACGUAAACGACGUGUUCCACAAUGCGCAAGAUGUCGUUCCCACAAUACCGUUGCAAGCGUCCGCGGUCACAAGAGAGAGUGUCAGUGGAAGGAUUGCACAUGCGCAAAGUGUUUAAUGGUGACAGAGAAACGACGUGUAACCGCUGUACGUGUUGCUAUACUGAGGCGCGAGAGAAAGCGAAGAAUGUCACAUACCAUGGACGCUUUUCAUAUUGGUUUGCAUGGUGCAAGCCCCUGGGGUAUGAUGGGACAAGUGCCUGGAACAUACACCGCUGAACAAUUUCACGGUAAGUAUGCAGGCGCCACUGAUCUCACAAAUAGACUGUAUAGCGCAACACAGGUGGAGUUUAGAACAGAUAGAACUAUACACAUCAAUGCACAGGUUUUCUCCUCCACUUGACCAAUAUGAGAACUUUUACUUUAACUUGCUUUUAACUUGUUUCAGACAAUCGAAGAAUGGUUCCUGGCAGUGAACCCUACUACAGUGAGAUGCUUCAGAUGAAAUACCGGGGAAUGCACCCUCACUACGAGAAUACGUACCACCACAUAUACCCAAGGGAACGUUUACCCUGCCGCGACGACGAACCGAAUAAGACGGACAGCGGUAUUACACAAAAUCUGGAAAGUUUCCAACAUGAAUACGAAAGUUUUAUGCGAAAAUUAAACGAUGGUGAAUUGUCUCCUAGCAACAAGACCGAGAUCACGCAAUCACGUAGCUCCUCCCCACGCCCCCACCGAAUUUGUAUUCGGCCAACAAAUCCACAUAGUCAAGUGGAUAUUUGUAGACCUCCAGUCACACAUGGGGAUAUAUACCAGCCCAUAUUACCCCAUCCAAACCACAGAUAUCUCCCAAUGAUGCUUAAUACCCCACUUACCCUUACAUGUCCCUGUCCAAAGUCACCUGAAUUUCCUUAUGGCGUUUGUAUGUAGUUCACAAUGUGUCCAAUUGUCCCAAGUGAAUUUGCCCGACUUUGGUGGUAUUGCCAUCUCUGUAGCAUUUGCAUGUAGCUUGUGGCCUUAUAGAGAAAAAGAUUAAAAAUACUGUAAAAUGUAUUCUAGCUCUGGCGAUCGAGCUGUGAGCAACCGCGGGGACGAUCGCGAGGUUGAGCUCUGCGCUCUGUGUUACGUUUGUAUAACCUUAUACAAUAGGUAAAGGGAACUUAAACUAUAUUUAACAUACACAUUCACAAUAUUGUAAAUAAAAUUAGAAACAUUCAAUAAAUCAUUCAGAAAUAUAAAGUGUAUUUAGUUCUGGGCAUUAGUGCAUUUUACAGAAUCUUGAUAAGAAGAGUUUCUUGAUAUAUUCCUUGUUUAUUUGUAGCUACUGCAUGAGUAAUUAUAAAAAGACAUCGUACUGGAUGCCUGUUUCUGUUGUUGAGUGUUGCGAUCUCUCUGUGAUGUGUAAAAUCAUUUGGCUGUUUGUUUUAAAGUGUUAAAAAGAUAUAACGUUAACUAUUAAAAUCCACCUUUAAAAAUCUUGUUCUAAUCACAGAUCAUUGUUUAUACCAAACGUUGUAAAAGUCAACAUUUCACUAAAAAUUCCGAAUCCAAUAUCUCAAGGAGUGAACGACAAAGAGUUUGUUUGUACAUCAUUUACCAUCUUGAGUUGAAGAGAACAAAGAGGCUCUUACGUGACGACACACAGCUACAAGAUGGACGGGUGGCCGGACAUUUUGCCGCGGAAAGACACUUCGCCGAAAGACAUUUUGCCGAACGGACUUGUCGCCGAAAGACAUUUUGCCGAAAGGACAACUUGCCGAAACUUUAAAGGUUCGCUUACACGGUCAAAGUUUCUGUGGUUAAAUUAAAGUCAUUGUCGACUUUGAUGACAGAAAUGUUGAUGACAGAACUUUGAUAGUGAAGUUGUUUCGUUUUAUAUUCUUUCAAGUUUUUGACAAGUUUACCGAAAUUUCGCGAUAUAAAGAAUAACAUCAUUCAACAUCAUUCAUGAAUGUCAAGGUAAAAGUUUAUUGUGUAUAUAUUUUACAAAAGCAUGCUUGCAAAAUGCGUGUGGACGCAUUAACAGUAGCAGAUAGACGCUCUAAAGCUAUCGAGAUAUUUCGCGUGCUUGGUCUAAUACACUCAGGGGUGUAGCGAGUGUUUCAUAAUUGGGGGUGGGACGGGGGGAGAGGCCUCACUUUUGCGGACAAAAUGGGCGUGGUUUGAUGUAGUCGGGGCGUGAUACUAUGUUAUUGAAAUUGUUACAAAAUGGGGAACUAAAGAGCAUGCUGAGUUUGCGGCCAGUAUACUUUAUUCUGUCUAACGUCAGACUAUUUUAUUCGUCAGUGCUAAGGUAACCCUGGGCCAAUGCUUGAUUCAAUAAAUCAUUACCACACCCUCGGAAUUCAACCGGGUGUUUCCCUCAUUUUGACUUCACAUACCGGACUAUAAAUGGCGAACGGAAUAACGAUUAUGCCCUGGUAACAACAAUAUAAACAACAAGUACAAUUACCGGAUAAGGUAGGGACAAUAUCAAAUUUAAACGGUUGAAAUUAUUGUGCCUGGCCGAUUUCUACUAGAGAUAAAAUUAUCCGCAAAGAUGCAUGACGCACUCUCUAUGAAGGCGUGUUAGUGUAAACACAAGACGAGCUGGAUAGGAAUGCUUCUGGAAACAAACAAUGCGUACGAACUGUGGUACGAACUACGGCUUUCGUCUCAACGGAUGUCCUUCCUGCAGUUGCUGCCCAGUUUUAGGACGUUCAAGGACAACGUCAUCGCAUUUCCACUAUACUAGAUGAUCAGUUUGGACGAUUUGGGAAAAUUGUUCGUUCCCGCAACUCACACAAUUCAUGAGUGCCUUUAUAAUAAAUGAAACUCAGUUCCUCAGGUCAUCAGGAGUUCAUUUGUUUGAACUGACAGUGCGUGCGUGAUGACGUCAAUGUACUCAAAUGAUAUUACGUACAUUGAAGCUGAACAGUAAAUGUAAGAUCAUGUAAUAAACAAAGCCAUCGCACCUUGGUCUACACAAGAGAUUUCAAAGUAUUGAAUACAGCAACCUCUUACAGAAGCCACACAGGAAUUGCUGUCAUCAAAAGAUGUGAGUCUAGUAUUGAUUUGAACGUCGAAUGUACAAAAUUCAAAAGUAAUUGUACGUCUAGGCAGAGCCGGCAAGCUUACUUAUUAGAUCGUAACAAGACAAUGGUUGGUAUUUGAUUAUAGUCAAAGCCGGCAGGAAUCUAGUUACUCUCUUAACUUGUCACACUAGCUUUAGAAUAAGACAGGGUAGUGUAAUCCACAUGCACAGAUAACAAAAUUAAUAAUAUCAAGUGUAAAGGAUGAAGGUAUAGCAACAUUGCGAAACGAAGGCUUCAUUCAGUAUAUCGUUCCGGUUAAUGUAUAUGCGAAAGUGUUAAAUUGCGUUGGCCUUUAUAUUCAGAUAUAUGAACUGUGAGCUUUCUCUAUUUAGGCAGUGUAGAGUAAUAUUUAUGUACAGUAUAACAAAAUAAUUCAUUGUAGGUAAGCUAGGAGGUAAAAUUGUGAAGCGAAAGCUUUAUUUUGACGUCUUUACUAUAUAGUGUUUUAUGUGGGCAAAUCGGAGCGCAUCGUUGAGACUAUACGUCUGAGCGUUGGUAACAUGAGUUGUCAAAUUUCCAAUAAAUGAAUAUAGUGCCACAAUCUUUAGUAAUAAAAUAAUGAUGAAAUACAUCGCUCUUUAGGAUCUAUCGCCUGCAUCGGAUGAUUUAAACCAUUUUGCUUUUCGUAUGCAAAUUGCCAUUUCAAAUCAUGUAUAUAAUCAAAUAAUGAAACCGAUUGUCUUGAUCACUUGUUCUGCCAGUCAUACACGUAGAUACUCAAACAGAUUGAAACAUCCAAACAUUGACUUGAAAUGGGUAAUUUACGAUACAAGUAAGCAGGACUGUUGUGUGACCUAAUUCAUUGCAUGCCUGUCAAGUGGGAAACGUCCUCGCCAGUCACGAAAUGUUAUAAACAGACCGUUGUCGUACAGUCACGCACAGGCGUGAUUUAUGCUAGAAACUGAUAAUUUAUUUGGACGAGCUUUGGCAAAAAAAAAGUACGUUCGUAUCUUUUGUGAACUAUUCAUACUCGUCUAUUUAUAAAUACGACCAAAGGCAUCACAAAUGCGUCAUCGUCAAGAGGAAAUAUCAUUGAAGUUAUUAAAAUUGAACUCGUGUCAAGAUUGAAGCCCUUCAAGAAUUAGUUCUAUUUCGAGUAGGAUGCCCCAAAAAACCAAGACCCAACAAUAGCAGAAUGUUUUCAACAGCCCGUAGAGCUUAGGAAUAAAUAAAUAUAAUGUUGUACAGGGUUAUGUUAUGUUGUCGCGGCACGAGACAAAUAACUAAAGUAUUAUUCGUCACAUCAAUUACAGCAUGAGUGAAUUGGAUGAAAGCAGUCCUCCCGAUGACGAUCUAUCCCCAAAUGAUCCGUUAAAUCACCGCAUACCCAAAUGUGCACGUUGUCGUACACAUGGCACGGUGUCAUGGCUAAAAGGACACAAACAUUUGUGUGAAUGGCGCGACUGCACGUGUUCGAAAUGCAUGGUGAUCACAGAACGACAGCGAAUCACAGCCGCUAGAGUAGCGCUACUCCGACAACAACGUAAAGGCUACGACGGCCGUGAUAUGACUGAAGAGGAGGCCGAUGAAGAAUGGCAGGACGGAGACUUUAUACCUGAGCCAAGUGCAUUUCAAAGACCAUCUAUGGUUUCCGUUGCUGCAACACAGUUCUUGGAAAGCUCUAACCAAGGUCAGUUCAUUCUUUCAUCGAUAUAUUAUUACAAUGUUAUUUCCGGCCAGCAUACGCGUGUUUAUGCCUCUUGUCACCAAAUCCACGUAUUUUGUCUGCUCUAUUCUUACCCUAUCAUAAGCGUGCGAUGAAUCAAGAUUUUUAGUUUUUAUUGGUACUCCAACAACCAUUGCCAUGUAUCUGAGAUGUAAGAAAGACUCAAGGGGUGUAUAAAGUACACAAGGGCCUUCGUCGGAGUAACUUCCCGCCUUCGCUCGAAACGUCAAAGUUCUCCUUGUAUUUUUCAGGUAGUUGUAUCCCUAUCAAUCCGAAGCUUUGUUAUUCUUGCCACUGCCUACACUGGCACAGACCAUUCUGACUGUAUUGAUUUGAUCUAAAAACUAACUCUACUCUAACACAACAGGUGGUCGGAGUUCACCAAUAGAAGAACCAAGUUCGUCCGACGAAGUUAAGGGGACACGUCAAUCCCGUUCACCAGAUGACAACUUCACUGGUGUGAAAAUCAAAGUCGAGUCCACAGAUGAGGAUCUCGAUCUCGAUCUUCGACCGAGCUCAGCGUCACCACCUCAACGGACUAUGGGUGGAAAGCGACCACACAUUGCGUAUUCACCGUUUUCGUCGGAGGGGUCAGGUCGAUGGGAGAGGGACGCACCCCCAAAGCGAGUGAGGCUGAAUCCUCUUGAGGUGUUGUGUAAAGCAUUUCCUGGACAUGGUCGGGAUGUACUGGAAAGAAUUUAUCGGGGUUGUGGGGGAAAUGUGGUGCAAGCUAUUGAGUGUGUCUUAGAGAACGAGGGACCCGCACCCCUACAUGCUCCUAUACCUAUCAUGCCAAACCCCACUCUCCCACCUGUGAUUUAUUCGGGGUAUGCACCCCGCGCUGGAAUGUUACAAAAUACUGAAAGGUUUCCUCCAGAUACUCGCAUGGCAGUAUACCACAACAACCCGCCCGCACCGCGGGCAAGGCCCAGCCCGCAAGCUCUGAUACCAUACGCGCAUGCGUCUGCCAACAAAAGCCUUGCAGAGGAAAAACAAUCGGCGGAAAACGGGACGAAAUCGAAAUAUGAAAUGAAGAAAGUCUACUGUACGAACUGUGGACAUAAAUUUCAAGAAAACGAUAACUUUUGUGGGAACUGUGGUCAGAGGCUAACAUUCUAA